GCCACGAGACAAGAGAAGACGAGGAGCUCCAGAGGAGGUUUCUUGUUGUUCUUGUUGGGGGGCCAGGAUGAGCAGCCCGUGCCUGCUGCGAACUGCCCCCAUCAGCCAACCUCGGCUCAGAGAGGUCAAGCUCAGUCUGAAGGCCAGCAGCAGGGACACUAAAACCAUCCAGAGCAGCGGCAGAGGGGCCAGCAGACCCUACUCCCCAGCAGAGAAGGAGGCACAAGUGUGGGUGGGCGUGAGCAGCAGCGGCAGCCGGAGCAGGAGCACCCCUCCGGUCCACCACAGCCAGAGAUCCGAGAACAGGAGGACACCACGAGACAGCAGGCAGCACGGACCCCAACACCAUCCAGAGAGGAAUGGAACCCUGCUGCACGUCCCACUGGCCGAGGCACCCACCGGUGUGCCCGCUUUCUCCUCCUCAUCGUCCUCAUCCUCCUCCU